AAUACCACUGUACAGCAGCUAAACCAGUACUCAAAUUAUACAACGCUGCUCUGAUCAAAGCAUUCGACCCACUACGUGUCGCGACGUAUGAUAUGAGUCUCCAAAUAUUCAAUGACAAUGAACAUCAGCCCUCAAAACGCCCCCGCACUAAAGAGCGAACCACUCUGGCGUGUAUUGGUUGUAAGCAAAAAAAGUUAAAGUGCGAUGGCCAAAGCCCCAAGUGUCAGAAUUGUAAAGUUUCAGGACGGGAUUGUCUAGUCGAAGACCCCGCGACGGGCUUGUACCGGCCGCGAGAUUACUUGCAAUCCCUCGAGUCCCGGGUUGCUUAUCUAGAGUCCCUUCUUCAGGAAGUCUGUCCAGAUGUGGCCCUGGACCAUAUGCAAACUGCACCAGGAGAGAGAGUUGACGCUGGAGGAGGUGGAGCACAUGCUGCAGCACACUCCCCUGCAUCGCCUCCGAUAGGACAUAGCUCUAUGUCUUUGCAUAAUCCAACAAGUCAUCCGCCUAAUGAGAAUGCCCAAUCUGAGGACCAACAUGUCGAUCUCCUUUCAUCCGAGGUUGCGUUGCUCUGCCUAAGCGCCGCCGGCCGAGAGCCUCAUUACUUUGGGCCCUCGUCUGCGGUUUCAUUCUCCCGGAUUGUCAGCGCAACAAUGGGCUUUGCAAAUAAUUUGGGCACUAGCGCAAGCUCACAACAUAGCACUGACCCCGCAGAAGGAGAGGAGCGCAAUAUAUUCCAAGAACCUGUAAUCUUUCAUCCGCCAUCACCGCGCUCAGGGAAGCGGUUGAUCCAAGCGUAUUUUGAUAAUAUUCAUCCCCAAUACCCCUUCUUACAUAGGCCUACGUUUAAUCGAUGGGAAGAAGAAGUUCGAAAAGGCACACAACUAGGGAACAUGAAAGAUGUGGAAGACGUGCCGCUAUUUUUUGUUCUAAUGGUUUACGCUAUUGGUUCUCUCACACUAGGACAGAGUCAGAAGAAAACCGCAGAGAUGUAUUACUCCAUGGCACUGGACCAUAUAUCACCAGUGUUAGCGUCAAAUUCCCUAGAGUCGAUUCAGUGUAUACUCAGCUGCGCAGUGUAUUCGAUCAGGUCUCCUGUCGGAGUCAGCUUAUGGAAAAUAUCUGGUAUGGCCAUUCGACAUUGUAUCGAGCUGGGCUACCAUCGUAGCACCGCAUUAUACCAUCGUGGUGUGGAUACCUUAACUAGAGAAUUGAUUAAAAGAUGCUUCUGGGUUGGCUAUGACAUUGACCGUGUUGCGGCAUUCACUCUUGGUCGCCCAGUUGGUAUACCUGAGGAGUGUAUUGAUGUUGAGCUCCCAGCCGAUAUUGACGACGAAUAUAUUACUCCCUUAGGAUUAGAGCGAAAUCCACGCAAUGUGGGAGAACCACCUACUCUUAUGACGGGGGCUCUUCACGUUAUCCGCCUGCGCCGUUUAUGGGCUAAAUUCAGCCAGAGUCUCUACACAAAAGGCGACCACCGUGAUGAUGGUACUGUCGACAGUCUUCGCCAGGAGCUUGAUGACUGGCAUGCUGCUCUCCCUGGUCAGUUCACGUCAUCUCGCCCGCGGCCAUUGUCAGUUUUUGCCUCCACAGAAUGGUUUCAGCUUGCUUAUGCUCACUCAAUCCUGCUACUGUACCGACCCUAUAUCACUAGCAGCCUGAGUCACAGCCGGCCAACGAUAGAGAUUCAUGACCCGGAGCGGAUCGAUCGAGUCUUUGAAGAGUGCUCGGUGCGUGCAAGGGAGAUGUGUCUUUUAUACCGCCGAUUAUACCAGAGUUCAACUAUUCAAUUUACUUGGGGUAGCUUGCAUAUCUUGUUUCUCGGUGGCCUCACUUAUUUAUACUGUUUAUGGCGAUCACAGAAGGUGAGAGAGAUGACGAGCCAGGCCGAGGUCAUCACGACGUGCAUGGCAUGCAGUACUGUCCUGGUGAUUAUUGCGGAGAGAUGGAAUCUGGCAACUUCCUACCGUGACCUUUUUGAGACGCUUUCGGAGCGUACAAUAAGUAUGGUGUUUGGAGAUAGCGGCAACGCUCCUGCUCUCAGCCAACAGUUACCCCAAAGAUCCAUGGUAGAUGCAAAUGCAGGAGAUCAUCUGCUUGGGGAGACACUUUUUCAGGAUUGGAUCACGGGUCUAGGUGGAGUGUCUGUUCCUCAGGAAUCAGAAUGGCUUGUCCAGGAAUUGCUUCAGGGUGAUGUACAACUUCUCCCUGGUACGUUUUACAAUGGAGAUAUGAAUAUGUAAUUAUAGCUCUGCACACUGAUUAUUAUUGAUACUGAAAGCCUUUUGAGCUACAUUAUAACAAAGUGAUGACGGGGAACGAUUAAACUAGGGGGUUCUAACUGGUCAUAAAC